AUGGAUGAGGAAUUUUUCCCAGAACUGGAAGCCUCUGACCGAAGCAAUCUGCUUUUUGCCUUCAUGAGUGAGUCUGACUUCUUGGACCUCGUCUUGGAAAAGCAUUGUUUCUUCACGUGCUCCAUUCAGCUAAGCUUGCCUGUGGCCCACAGGGUGGCUGCCCUCAGUCUGUCUCCCACCUUUGCUAUGUCCUCUCAGGGCUCUGCAGGUAACCAGGAAUCAGAAUUUCCCCUUCCAUCAAAAUACCAUUCCUGUCAGCAGAAUUUGGGUUUGUUGGCUUGUUAUGCUCCAGAGCCUGAUACACCAACUUGUGUUUCUUCUCAGGAGUCUGUGACAUUCCAAGAUAUUGCUGUGGAUUUUACUGAGAAAGAAUGGCCCCUGCUAGAUUCUUCCCAGAGAAAACUGUACAAAGAUGUAAUGCUGGAGAAUUACAGCAACCUGACGUCACUGGGGUAUCAGGUUGGCAAGCCCAGCCUCAUCCUACACAUGGAGCAGGAAGAGGAGCUGAGGGUGGCGGAGAGGGCGUUUCAGCACGGUACCUCUCCAGAUUGGGGAACUACAUCUAAACUUAAGUGGUCUAUUCUUAUGGAAGAUAUUUUUGGGGAGGAGACAUCUGAUGGUGUGACAUUGGAAAAGUCUCAUCUUUUGGAGAAAUCUUCUGAAUUCACCCAUUUGUUUGAAGUCUUUAGUAUCAGCCAUCAUCUUCCUCAGCCAAUAGGAAGGCCCACAAGCAAGAAGCCCUAUCACCGUCACAGCUAUGGAGCUUCUUUUAAUAAAAGGACUCACCUGACUCAGCACAUGAGCAUCUAUGAUAGAAGAAAAAUGCACGAAUGUCACCAGUGCCAGAAAGCCUUCACUACCAGCGCUUCUCUCUCGAGGCACCAUAGGAUUCACACUGGGGAGAGGCCUUACGAGUGCAGCAGCUGUAGCAAAGCCUUCAAUGACCUCUCAGCUCUAAGGAGCCACAAAAGAACUCACCUGAAAGAGAAGCCCUAUGACUGUAGUCAGUGUGGUAAUGCCUUCCGGACCCUCUCCGCUCUAAAAAUACACAUGCGAGUUCACACUGGUGAAAGACCCUACAAAUGUGAUGAGUGUAGCAAAGCCUAUGGCAGGAGCUGCCACCUCAUUGCCCACAAGCGGACACACACUGGAGAGAGGCCCUAUGAGUGUCAGGACUGUGGAAAAGCCUUCCAGCACCCUUCUCAUCUGAAGGAACAUGUCCGGAACCAUACUGGGGAAAAGCCUUAUGAGUGUACACAAUGUGGCAAAGCCUUCCGGUGGAAGUCCAACUUCAAUUUGCAUAAGAAGAACCACGUGGUGGAAAAAACCUAUGAGUGCAAAGAAUGUGGGAAGUCAUUCAGUGACCUCCUGUCAAGGAGGAAACACAUGAGGGUUCAUAUUGUAAAGAAACCAGUCGAGUGUUGCCAGUGUGGGAAAACCUUUCGAACCCAGUCCAUCCUGAAGACACACAUGAACUCUCACACUGGGGAGAAACCCUAUGGCUGUGAUCUCUGUGGGAAAGCCUUCAGUGCAAGCUCCAACCUUGCUGCACACAGAAAGACACACACUCAAGAGAAACACUAUGAAUGCACCUCCUGUGGAAAGGUCUUUGGUGACUACCUGUCACGAAGGAGGCAUAUGAGCAUCCAUCUUGUCAAGAAGCGUGUGGAGUGUCGGCAAUGUGGAAAAGCCUUCAGGAACCAAUCCACCCUGAAGACGCACAUGAGAAGCCAUACAGGGGAGAAGCCAUAUGAGUGUGACCAUUGUGGAAAAGCCUUCAGCAUAGGCUCCAACCUUAAUGUACACCGGAGGAUCCACACUGGAGAAAAGCCUUACGAAUGUCUUGUUUGUAGAAAAGCUUUCAGUGACCAUUCAUCCCUUAGGAGUCAUGUGAAAACCCACCGUGGGGAGAAGCUCUUUACCUCAUCUGUGUGGAAAAGGCUUCAGUGAGUACUCAGAAGCAAAAGAAACCUGGCAGGCACAAGAAGUCACAAAUCUUUCAUGGCCUCUCCACAUACAGAACACAAAAGAUCACAUGGAACUUGGGAGAAAU